AGCGAGACGGAGCGAGACCCAGCGUGAGAGUGGGAAGGAGCCUUAGCGAGCAGCUCUGUGGCCCAAUGGCUUCCUUCUAUCUUCGAGUGAAGACCAAUGAGGGUUGGGGGGCGGGACUUCCGCCUCGCCUUGGUGUUGUCGUCCGCGCUCCGACUCUAGGCUGUGGCGGUCGGUGCGGAGAUUCAGGCAUGAAGUCAGGUUAGGGGACUUCUCCCGCAGCAAGGCGGCAGGGGAGCCUAUUUGUGUUGCGAGGUCAGGCUUCCAGGUGAUUUUAAAGCGAGAUGCUGCUCUCCAUAGGGAUGCUCAUGCUGUCGGCCACACAAGUCUAUACCAUCUUGACUGUCCAGCUCUUUGCAUUCUUAAACCUACUGCCUGUAGAAGCAGACGUUUUAGCAUAUAAUUUUGAAAAUGCAUCUCAGACAUUUGAUGACCUUCCAGCAAGAUUUGGUUAUAGACUUCCGGCUGAAGGUUUAAAGGGUUUUUUGAUUAACUCAAAACCAGAGAAUGCCUGUGAACCCAUAGUGCCUCCUCCACUAAAAGACAAUUCUUCUGGCACUUUCAUCGUGUUAAUUAGAAGACUUGAUUGUAAUUUUGAUGAAAAGGUUUUAAAUGCACAGAGAGCAGGGUACAAAGCAGCCAUAGUUCACAAUGUUGAUUCUGAUGACCUCAUUAGCAUGGGAUCCAACGACAUUGAAGUACUAAAGAAAAUUGACAUUCCAUCUGUCUUUAUUGGUGAAUCAUCAGCUAAUUCCCUGAAAGAUGAAUUCACAUAUGAAAAAGGGGGCCACAUUAUCUUAGUUCCGGAAUUUAGUCUUCCUCUGGAAUACUACCUAAUCCCCUUCCUUAUCAUAGUGGGCAUCUGUCUCAUCUUGAUAGUCAUUUUCAUGAUCACAAAAUUUGUCCAGGACAGACAUAGAGCUAGAAGAAACAGACUUCGUAAAGAUCAACUUAAGAAACUCCCUAUACAUAAAUUCAAAAAAGGAGAUGAGUAUGAUGUAUGUGCCAUUUGUUUGGAUGAAUAUGAAGAUGGAGACAAGCUCAGAAUCCUUCCCUGUUCCCAUGCUUAUCAUUGCAAGUGUGUAGAUCCUUGGCUAACUAAAACCAAAAAAACCUGUCCGGUCUGCAAGCAAAAAGUUGUACCUUCUCAAGGUGAUUCAGACUCUGACACAGAUAGUAGUCAAGAAGAAAAUGAAGUGUCAGAACACACCCCUUUACUUAGACCUUUGGCUUCUGUCAGCACCCAGUCAUUUGGGGCUUUGUCUGAAUCCCGCUCACAUCCGAACAUGACAGAAUCUUCAGACUAUGAGGAAGAUGACAAUGAAGAUACCGACAGUAGUGACGCAGAAAAUGAAAUCAAUGAACAUAGUGUUGUGGUCCAGCUGCAGCCUAAUGGUGAACGGGAUUACAACAUAGCAAAUACUGUUUGACCUUCAGAGGGUAUUGGGUUUUAUUUCCCUUUAAGGUGUUUAUUUAGGCAUAUAGUUUGAUUUUUUUGCUCCCUUCAGAGAUUUCUGUAGAAAUAACUUAUUUUCUAGUAUUCUACAGUUUAAUCAGAUUACUGAAACAGUUUUUUUUCAUCUGGUAUUUAUCUGCAGGAGUGUACUUCAUUUCACUGAUAACUAAUAAUAGACUGGUGCUGUAACUCAAGCAUCAAAUCAACUCUUCUUUUGGAAUGAAUAUAGCCAAAACAUUAAAAAAAAAAAAUUCCUCAGUAUAGCUUGCAAUUAAGACCUACAUCACAGUAUGCAAGUGUUUCAUGUUUUUAUACACAAGGCCAGUGCUGUGACCACCUAGCAUGAACUAACAGGCCAACUCCCAUCCCCAUAAAGUUACCUAGAGUGGUUGAGCUGGAAUAGGCUUGUUCUGGUAUUUCCCAAAAUUGCCAUCAUUAGUGAGAAGUAACAAGGUAAUUUAGCAUUUUUCUUCCUAUCAGAACCAGAAGGAAACUCAAAGCUGUCUUUUUCCUAUUUCCAAGCAGUCUUAUCUUGAUAGGAAUGGUGUGUACUAGGGCAGAUUUCAAAAGGUUUUUUUUUUUUUUUUUUUUUUAAGGUUUUUACUACUAUAGUGUUAUGUAUGAAUUUGAUUCAUCAGCUAAAGUAAUGUCUCUGGACUUAACUGAACUUCAGUAUCCUAAAAGAUUUUGUGUUGUGAUCAAAGCAAAAAGAUGCUGUGUAAAAAUACUAUACUUUGGCAAUUGUUAAUACUCAGAUCAUAUACCUCUUAAUAAAGAGCAUCUUAUGCUAAUAAGCCCUGCUAAACUAUGUACAGAGGAAACUGUUCAAGUAUUGAUUUGAAAAUACUGCUUAUGUUUAACAGAACUAAUGAUGUAUUUAAACAAUGUAUUAUGAAAAGCUAAAUUAUACAUUAUUGUAACUAUGUAGAAAAUAUAGACUUUAUGUAUAAUCGAAAUGCUAAGAAUUUUUAUAUGGCCUUGUAUGAAGGGAGUUUGAAUGUUAAUAAACACAUUUUCCACUUUAAGAACUGGCAAAUAUUUGUUCUGCUAUAGUAUUAACCAUAUUAACCUUAUCUUUAUAUGCCCAGUGCUUUUUAAAGGUAUGAUGAUGAAAGCAAUUUAGAUAAAACACAUCACCUUAGGAUUUUAUACAAAGGAACUGACUGCUCACAAGCUAUUAGGUAAUCCCCCCAAAAGUUAAAACUGCAGCACAAAUCAUUCCAAUAAUAGUGAACAUUAUGGUACCUUCUUGGAAUUAUGGUAAAUCCUUAGACUGCUGUAUUGUCUUGAAAGGAUAAAUAUCUUGGACCUAUAUGUAUUGAUGGGAAAUUGUUAGUAAACAGAAGCAUAUUAGAAAAUAGUAAAGCAUACUAGAUAUAUUAACCUUUUGUUGUAAAAAGAAAAAAAAAAAGCAGCUAUUUAAAAGAAAUAGAACACCAGGAGUUCCCGUCGUGGCCCAGUGGUUAACGAAUCUGACUAGGAACCAUGAGGUUGCAGGUUCGAUCCCUGGCCUUGAUCAGUGGAUUAAAGAUCCAGCAUUGCCGUGAGCUGUGGUGUAGGUCACAGAUGUGGCUCGGAUCCCACGUUGCUGUGACUGUGGUAUAGGCCGGUGGCUACAGCUCCAAUUAGACCCCUAGCCUGGGAACCUCCAUAUGCCACGUGCGUGGCCCUAGAAAAGGCAAAAAAAAAAAAAAAAAUACCAUUUGGGGAAAUUUCACUUUUCUGAAGUGGUUUUUUAAAAAAUUCCUUUAAGCAACAACAAAAAAAUGGGUAUUUCCACUUAAGAAAAUAAAAGGUUGAAUUCAUCACUCUCCCACUCCCACCUCACACCAUAGGAAUACGUACAGACCUGAGAAACAGAAGAUCAGCUUAUAAUGGUAGUUAAGCAAAGCUAUGGAAUUUGACUUUUGUAAGUCUAACUUUUCUAAACCUGUUUGUCAUUGGUGUAAUUUCAUUUAUCCUAGGGGCAGGGGGGUGAGGACAAAACACUGAGCUCAGUUCUUGGCAAUAAAUAUACAACAAGUAAUGGCUUUUAUAACUGUUAAAGUAGAUAAUAAAAACAUCAUACCUAAAAUACAAAAUUUUUUUAAAGGGAAAAAGUUAAAAGUAACUGUAAUGUGUAUUUGAUGUCGUAUUCCCUCAAUCCUUAAUCCACAGUUUAGAUCAAGGACUUGGUUCCUUCAAAUUUAAGUUAGGAGUUUUUAAUCAGGCAAAAGUAUUUAUUUUUUGAAAGUUCAGAUUGUUACUUUUAGUUGUUAAAAAUACAUAUACUUAACAACAGCACUAUCUAGGAUUGUUAUUAAUUCUAAUAGUCAUUUGAAAUCUUUUAUAAUUUCUCUAUGGUAUAACUCUACAGCUUUUUUUUAAUAGGACACGGAGUAAAAUUGAAGUCCAUUUCUAUUAAAAAAUCUUCCUAAUUUAAAUUUCUGAUUGUAAAAGUAUAGUCAUCUGGAAACUUACCCCAAAGAAAAAUUUACCUUUAUAUCUUGCCUUCAUAAAUACAUAUGUAAGAUAUAUACUGUAUUUAUACUAUUUACAUAUUCAUAUUUAUUGGGGAGCAUUUUCUUAUGUAAUUCAAUGAGAGUUUUAUCUUCUGGACGUGCAUAUGGUCAUUUAUUCAACCCAUAACCCUGAAAGUUAAAUCUUGUAGUUUUCCAAGUUUAGUUAUUCUGAUUAAUACUGUGGAAGUGACAUUCUGCUCUGCAAAUCUGUAUAGCUCCAUUUCCUUAGGUUAAAUUCCUAGAACUAAGUACAAAACAAAAACACAGGUAUAUGUUUUCAUAAGUGUUUUUCUAAUCAAAUUGUGGGAAAGGGGCCACCGACCAGUUUAAUUCAUUAUUUUAGUGAUACAUGUGCCCUCAGCUGUCUUCUACUGCCCUACUUACACCUCCAGCAUAUUAUAUACAUAUCCCUUCACCUAUUUAUAGGUUUAUUCAAUAAGGGUUUCUCCCAAGUCUCGUCACUGCUUUCUAAUUAGUUGCCAUAAAAUCAUAAAUCAUCACAACACAGCCACCAAAUUUUCAUUUGACUUUUUGUUCCUAACAGGGAUUUUAACAGGUCAAGAAGUAUUUACUAUUGUUUUACAAUACUAAGGAAUGCCUGAUUAUCACAGUAGCCCCAAAUUCCAUAUCUUCCAUACCUUUACAUCCCUGUAUGAACAAUCAAAUUCAGAACUGACAACACUGUCAAAGAAAGAAAUUUUAGUUAGUGAGGCAAAGAGAGUGACUCCCAUCCCCUAACCCACUUUCUUCAAAGGGUAGCACCAAAUACAGUCCACUAAAAAUGAAUGAGACCAACCUAGUGAUUGUUUCUAAAGGGACAUCUGGAAUUUUCAUCUCCAGUGUAGAACUCCAGAGCCCAGAAUCUGCAUUAUAACCAGCUCCCCAGUACUGCUUAGACCCAACUUUUGAACUUGGAGCUUCUGCUUGACAGUUCAUGAUUUUUCUAAAUAGUACUAAACAUAUUUACUAAACUUCAGUACAUUUCAGGGAAUAUGUGACCUCUGGGAUUAAACUCGAUUAUUACAUAGUCAUGGUUAACAUGUCACUCCAAAGCCAGAAACUGCAAAACAUCCCAGUUAUCUCUCACGCUGUCUAAGGAAUGUCUUUUCUCUUGUGAGAGAGUCCCAGAUGGCUGACUUCAGUCUACCAAUAUCGCCUCCAAAUCAAAACAAGUCAUUUGACAGUUCAACACAGAAGAAUCCACAAUGCAGAAAUCCUUCUUGGUACUGGGCCCCAUACUGCUCACCAUUUCCCACCAAGAGACCAGCAACAGGAGAAAAAUAUUUAAUUUCUAGUGGAGAAGUCAAUUUUCACCUCAUAAACCUAAAGAUGAGCCUAAAAUGACUAUAAGCCAUUUUUAACAGCCAAGCCUAAUUUAAAAUUCCCAGGCACUAAUUUUACUUAUAAUAAAUACUAUAAGAAACAGAUACACCAGUAGCUGGAUUUUUAAGGUUUUAUGUUUACAGCAGAGUAUAUAUAUUCCCACUGUAUCAAAAAUCAAUGGUAACAGUAAGCUAACAAUUUAUAUAAACAACAGGAGUCCAGAGUAUUUGGUUGGAAUAAAUUUAUUUCAUCUGUCUGUAAACAAGGUGUUUAAUAGUUAUGGCAUUUUUUUAAAUGCAUAUUAAAUCAGAUGAGUUAGACUGUAUCCCAGAUGUAACAAAGUGCAGGGAAAGAAAUGGACAAAUCAGCAACAAGAUUUGUUUUUAAAUCUGUACAUUAUCCACAAGGCCCAAACAAUAGAAGCAAAUACUAGAAUGUCCCUAAAGUAGUGCCAUUCGAAAGAAACCUUUAAUAGGUCAGUUAAAAUCCAUCUCACAAUAGCAACAGUUCAUUUUAACAAUAGUAUGGCACAGGAUACAUAUGAAAAAAAAAUUCAUCACAAGACAGCCAAGUCCACAAUAAUGCAACUUCAUAUAAAAACUCAAGCUGCAAAUAAAAAUUGGUCCUAUGAAGAACAAACUGGACACACUCCAGAUGGUUAUGUUGGGAUACCUAAUGUCCAUAAUGGCAGCCUUUUACAAUUUUACUAAAGAGUAGAGCUGGUGUGCAAAGAAAAAGACAGGAAUAAAAAUCUGAGCUAUUGCAAUGAUGGAAUGUCCCUGGGGAUUCAAUCAGUAUGGUUGCUAUAAGGUCAUGGGAGGAAGUGCCUUUUGCUCUUGUUUUGCAGUUGCACUUGUCAUAUGUCCUGUAGACACUAUGAAAAAAGGUUUGUCUCUACUCAAGUGCAACAACAAUACUAAAAGCAAACUACUGCAGCUCUCAAUAGCUCAUCAAAAGAGUUAUCAAUUGGUUAAAUAAACCAGGCACUGCAAUAAAAGAGGAUGGAAGCAAACCAAAUACCUCUGUGUGAAGAGAGGGGGUGGAAAAAAAGAGUGAAGGAAAGAUGCAUGCACUUUUUCCUCCCAACCAUGCGCUACAAAAGGAAGACUAAA